CACGACUACCUGCACUCAACCUGCAAGCAACCUUUCUGGUUGGAAUCAGCCUAAUUUUUUUUGAGUUUAAGGGAACUUUUAUCAUGUUGUCUUAAAUCUAUACCGAGGAAACGCUGGUAUGUAGGUUGUCAAAACCCUGGAAAUUCAGGACAGGGGAUAACUUUCCAUAUUACAUGGGGGAAUGAGUACUGCCUAAAGUACAUUAGAAAGACCAAGAAACCACACUUCUGAAAGCAAUUUAAUCUCGCUACUAGCAAUGGGCGAUAUUAUUGUCAUCAGUUUCACACUUGCAAUUUCUCGAAGCUCCAGCCGGGUUAGAUGAUUGGAUGAAAGCGCUUUGUCAGAUAAUACCAGCACUAGUCAACCUUUCCGCUUACUGAACGAUAUCGUCGCAUUGGUGUAUAGUGCAAUCAACUCUUGUUUGGAUGAAGUUUGAGCAAAAUAAGUCAGUUUGAUUUAAUCGUACUUCUUAUGAUCCGUCCAGUGUAUUCUUUUUACUCGAAGAUCCACCUCCAGAAAUGGAAUUGUUUUUUAGAGACGCCUACGAAGCUCAAAGAAAAGGAAGGUAGUGCUUAGUAAUUAGAGGUCGUUGAUACAUCCUGGACACAUGUUAGGAUCGGGUAAGUCCAUAUCUUAGAUCUGUUGUUGUAAUAGGAUUUCAUCUAAUGCAAAUCUAUAUAAACUUUGCGCUCAAUCGUUACAAUUUGGUACUCUUCGGUCCCCAGCCGUUGUUCCCUGUCUUUCACUCUGAACUUGCUUUCUGUCUAUGCAUGAUACUCUGGACUCGUCGUCCUUGCCUGUCUAUUCGAUUUCUGCCCACUGUGAUCUCUUCUGGGUUUCUGCAGGAUAUGCUCUUGUUGUAAUUCUUAUGACAUUGCUUGCUCAUGCGUUCUUCAAGGAACUUGUUCCGCAAAGCCUGCUCCUAAUUAUCGCUCAUGAAUCAACUAGAAUCAGGUAUUCUUCUGGAUAAGGAGCUCAAAUCAUAGCAUGUGCUGUGGGCACGGAUGGAGUUCUAGCGGGAUCAUACGACAUGCCGAUUGCGGGGAAAAUAUGUUUUUGGACAUUCCCCUACCGUGCAAAACUUAUUGUGUGCUAUUAAAUGGAUCAUUAGGCUCAAAUAGGAAUAUUUGUUCAUCAUGAAGCUUUUGUGAUGGACAGGAAAUUUUCUUGUUGCCAAUUGAGUUUCAUCCUUACUUGUCAGUAUUUCUCUUCGUAGUAAAUGUCCUUAACACAAUUUAGAGGUUGUUCGAGGUCUAGCCUUUUCAUGACCUUCUCUUUCCAUCGGGGUUGUGACGUUUGCAUUUCCCUCCUCAUAUUACUCUUCAGACAUUAUAUGGAGAUUCGAUGCAGGGCCUUGCUUUGACUAUUGUUGUGUUUGAUAACGUUCUAGUUGUUAUGCUCUGCAAUCAUAUGCAGUUGGAAUGUGAACAUGACACUAUCAUCAACUCCAUCAGGUAAAAUGGGACAUCUUGACCAAACUAUUGGAUUUUUUAAAGAACAGUUGCAUCCGAUGAAAACAAACAUUUCAAGAUUGUUGCCUGUUCGAGGCUGAGUAAAUAUAUGGUGCUGCAGAACAAACUUGUGGAUUUUAGACUUCAUGCAUGUUGUCAAGCACUUGACGGCUAUCCUCACAGUACACAAACAUGUUGAUGAUAUAUGUCAUGUUUGUAUAUUGUUCCUUCUACAGGCUCUCCCGUUUGUGAUCUUAGUCGUGAGUAAGAUUUGCGCGUGGAUUGUCUCCAUUUCCUUGGACGGCUGACUUCCUUUCCAGUUCCAUGCCUAUGUUUGUCACCUUCAGCUCUUCGCUGCUUCUUGUGUGGAAGAUGGUGCUCUCUAGUCCAAAUGGUAUGGUGUUCAUGUUAAAUGCUUUCAGACAAUAUCUUCAGCCUCUUUGGUCGUUCAUGGAAUUAUCGGCUAGUUUCUUUAGCUCUCAUGUCAAGCCCUUGAGGUUCCAUCGGUGGUUAUUCAUGAAAGGCGUCAAGGAGCGCCACUUGUAUUUCCAUAUUGCCUACUGUACUUUGUAUUUGUACGGAUUUUAUUUACGGAGUAUAGACUAAACGCCUAUGAUUGGCGAUGUUAGUGUUGGAAUUCCGUUGGUGCAUGUAGGCUAAUAGCGAACUAAUUCAUAUAGCAAAGGUAUGGAAAUACACAGGGACGAAACCAAAUUGGUAACCUGAGGAUGUGACCCUAUAGGAUCGCAUUGGAAAAUACAUCAAAUUAUAUUUAAAACAUGUAUUUGU